AUGCGGCUCCUUCUGUUAACAGCGCUGUUAUUCUCACUGACCCUAUUCAAGUUUGGUGAUGGAGAGGAAAGCAAAGAGGAAAACGUUUCUGAUAUAAGCUUGACUAGAGAGGAUCAUGAAAUCGACGAUUUAAAAAGUUUUGAAGAUGACGACCAACCAGACGAUAGCGCUAAAGAUAGGUGGCUGGCUCCAGAGCUGUACGACGAAAUAGAAAAGCGCAGUAAACGCAAGAACAAGUCCACGCCCGCGCCAACAGGCAGCCCAAAGGGAGAGGGUCAGGAGGAGCUCCCCAAAAAGAAGAAUGAAGGAGGAGGAAACAAAAGUAACAAGAAUAAGACUAAUAAGAAAAACAGGCCUGCCAAGAAUAAGUUUACAGAGAAAGAAACGCCUUUGUGGUUUGAGCCGUUGGGAUGCUACAAAGACUAUGGUCCUUUAGCCUGGAAAAGACCCUGGCUUCGCGAUAUAGCAACACUGUACAAAAACGGUCGUCGAAUUAUCGACUGGAGAUUAGACAACUUCAGGGACCCGAUAAUAAGAUGCGCGCAGGCUGCACAAGCCAGAGGAUAUCCUUGCUUUGGUGUUCAGUUCUAUGGAGAAUGCUGGGGAUCCAUUAAUGCCUGUGAGACUUACAACAGUUAUGGAAAAUCAUCAAACUGUAUCAAAGGCGUCGGUAUCUAUUGGGCUAACUUUGUUUACAAGGGUAGAUGUGGAUCAGCGUUUGGGUGUUGUCCUGACAAUGCUAUGCCAGCUCUAGGCCUAAAAUAUAAAGGCUGCCCAGAUUGUACCACUGCUGUGAACAUAGUUCUUAUUAUCGACUCGUCUGGAAGUAUUGGAAAGAAAAACUUUAACAUAAUGAGACAAAUUUUACUCAAGCUCGUCAGACAUUUCUCCAUCAGUGACUCUUACGCUCGAGUUGCUCUCGUUCAAUACGCCACUACUGCAAGAACGAUUUUUUCGUUUAAGAAAUCACAGCGACGGGGAAUUCUGGAACUUCAAAGGAGGAUUUGGAAAAUGCGUUACACUAGAGGGCGGACGAAAACUGGAAAAGCCUUAGCGUUGGCGGCCAAAAUGCUGCGCACUGCUAAGAGGUUUAAUCGCAAGAUCGUAAAACACUAUCAGGAAGCUAUUGUCUUCACUGACGGCGUUACAGACUUAAGUGACGCUAAAAGAUUCAAAGCGGCAGCUCCUGCUCUAAAAGCAAUCUCUCACGUAAUAGCUUGUGGCGUGCAAGGAAAGGGUUACAACGCUAAGGAACGAAAGCAGCAACGAGAGGAGUUAGGCAAGAUCGCCAGUAGCGAGAAGGACGUAAUCUACAAGGCUUCCUUCCAAAAACUCCUAAAACGCGUCGAUCCAAUUGCCCGUCUCGCAUGCCCACUGAACAAGAAUCGCAAAUUGGUCUGAAGAGAUUCGAACGGGGCGUGAUCACAAGCUAAAGUGCACAGCAGUGAAAAGGGUGCUAAGGGCCUGGA